AUGUCGAGGAUAGCGGCUCUGCUCCUGCAGCUGACGCUCUGGGCUGUCACCGUUCAUGCCUUCUACCCGUUCGUUCCGAACGGCCAUUGCGGUCCAGAUGGGUUAGGGAAGGCCGAGGGGAAGCGGGGCGAAGAUGGUUCUGAUGCGGUCACUCUUGACCUUGUCCGUAAACCAUCUGGACGCCAUGCUGCCGCCCACUUUGACCCGAUAGCCGAAGCCUUGGGCCGGGUCACCCGCAAGUUUGGGAAGCCCCAGGCGUCCCCAACCUCCGAGCUCAGCAAGCGGAAGAACACAUACUCGGUCUCCACGCCCGAGACACCAACUAUCUCUAACAGUGCGGGCAUCUACCAAUACGGCCCAGACUACUCGUACUUCAUCAAGGUCCAAGUGGGAUCUGCCCAACAGCCGUUUUACAUGCUCCUCGACUCGGGUGCCUCCAACACAUGGCUCAUGGGCUCCGACUGCACGUCCAAGGCGUGCGAGAUGCACGACACUUUCGACCCCAGCUCUUCGACGUCGUGGAAAUCGGGGGACAAGGGUUUCUUGAUUCAGUACGGAUCGGGCAGCCUGACGGGGACCAUUGGCCACGAUACCGCGACAUUGGCCGGGCUCAAACACGACCUCUCAUUCGGUUUAGCGAACGAAACCACCGACGACUUCACGCACUUUGCCUUCGAUGGCAUCCUCGGCCUAGCCAUGAGCCCUUCCGUCACUGGGGCAUUCUUGCAAACACUAAAAACAGCAAAGGUGUUGGACACGCUCUUGGUGGGCUUGUCGCUGAACCGGGACUCCGACGGCGUGAAUGACGGCCAAGUCACAUUCGGUGGUGUUGAUUCCACCAAGUACAAAGGCGAUAUCACUUACCAUGUCGUCGAGCCCGACCACAAGACCACGGGCGAGUGGGCGAUUGCAUUGGGAGGGACGGGCUUCGACGGCAAGACCGCCACUAUCAAGAGUCAGACCGCCUACAUCGACACCGGCACCUCGUUCAUUUUUGCUCCCCCGGAUGAUCUGGCUGCGCUCUUCAAACUUAUUCCCGGAUCGGACUCGUACCAAAACGGCGAGUACAUUGAAUACUCGAUCCCGUGCGACACGACCGCACCUCUUCACAUUACCUUUUCCGGGGUCGACUACGAGAUCUCGUCACAGGACUGGGUCGUACAACGCGACCAGAACAAGUGCAUUGCCAACCUGUACGGCUACGAGGUGUACAGCGGCACCUGGCUUGUUGGUGACACGUUCCUCAAGAACGUCUACACCGUCCUCGAUGCCGACAAGAUGCGCGUUGGUUUUGCGUCGAAGCCCGCGCCCCCGCCGAGGCCUACGACGACGACAUUAGGCCCCAUCAGUGCCAGUGCGGGUGUCUCCGUCACGGCCGACCCGGCUGGGAUCACACCUCCGGUAGGCGAUAAUGCGGGGAACCCGAUCAUGCCCGGGUUUAGUGGGCAGGAAUCGCAGGGGCCGGGGAGUUCACAGACGGCACCCGGGCCGGGGCCGGCGCAGACACAAACACAUGUGAAUGGCGGGCACCAAGUAGUGGGGGCCGGGUUCUAUGGUUUCGCACUUGGUGUUGCGGCUGCCAUUGCUGCGUUGGUCUUUUUCAUCAACUCGCUUGACAGACCCGAGCCAAGGCGCCCAGAUUGCGUCUUACCAGACAGAGAGAGACGGUUUGCUUCUUUUCGACCGCGCCAACUCCAACUGCAAUAUGCCCUAAGCGACGCUCUCGCAGAUGGAAGAAUAGUUAUGGCCAGGGCCACUUCACAUGGUGCUGCAGCAGCUGCCAACAACAGCAGCAGUAACAGCAACAACAACAACCGGCGUGGGAACCCCUCCCCUUCUCCACUGCGUGGCAGCAACAGGAGUAGUAGCGAAGAAGCGACGGGGCUGUUGUCUCCCGACCCGGACAGCCUAGACGACGCAGCCAGCAGUGACCACAGUCACCAAAAGGGGGGCAUGAACGGCUCGUCGCGCGCGCAUCCACGAACCCCGAACCGAGUGCGCUUCGACUUGCGCCCGACGAUUGUUGACGACGACGAUGACCGCGCGGCUAACGGCGACGCCAAUACCAAUGGCUCCACGAGGCAUGAUAACAAUGAUCCCGACAACCUCUACCCGCGCGAAUCCUUCGACCUCGACCUCAACGAGUCCGACCCGCUUACCUCCGACCCUUCACUCCUCCAACAACAGCACGGGUCCUCCCACAACGGCCAACGUGGCGGCCGCCCCCUCCUAACAGAUAUCGAAGCGCCAAGCGUGACCGUCGCGACCUCCUCCCCCUUCACCUCCACCUCCGACGCCGAAGCCUGGCACGCAGCCGAGCAGCGCCGGCCGAAAUCCUCGCUCCCCUCCGCCUUCAUGAACAUGGCCAACUCCAUCAUCGGCGCCGGCAUCAUCGGACAACCCUACGCGAUGCGCGAGGCCGGCCUGCUAGCGGGCACCGUGCUGCUGGUGCUGCUGACGGUGGUGGUGGACUGGACGAUUUGUUUGAUUGUAGUCAACUCGAAGCUCAGUGGGGCGAGCAGUUUCCAGGGGACGGUGGAGAAGUGUUUUGGGAGGACGGGGUUGGUGGCGAUUAGCGUGGCGCAGUGGGCGUUUGCGUUUGGGGGGAUGGUGGCGUUUGGGGUCAUUGUGGGGGAUAGUAUACCGCCUGUUUUGAGGGCGGUUUGGCCCGGGUUGGAUGAGAUGCCGGUGGUGGGGCUGUUGGGGGAUCGGAGGGUGGUGAUUGUGGUGUUUACGUUGUUGGUGAGUUAUCCGUUGGCGUUGUAUCGCGAUAUUGCUAAGUUGGCUAAAGCGAGUACGCUCGCCUUGAUAAGCAUGGGCAUCAUCGUGUUUACUGUGCUGGUGCAAGGCAUGAUGGUACCAGCGGAGAACAGAGGUGUGUUGAAGGACUGGCGGAUGCUGGUCAUCAACGACGGGAUUUUCCAGGCAAUUGGGGUAAUAUCCUUUGCCUUCGUCUGCCACCACAACUCCCUCCUCAUCUACGGCUCCCUCGAAAAGCCCACGAUCGACCGCUUCUCCCGCGUCACCCACAUCUCCACCGCCGUCUCCAUGUUCGCCUGCCUAAUCAUGGCCCUCUCCGGCUUCCUCACCUUCGGCGACAAAACCCAAGGCAACGUCCUCAACAAUUUCCCCGCCGACAACACCAUGGUCAACGUCGCCCGCCUCUGCUUCGGCCUCAACAUGCUCACCACCCUGCCUCUCGAGGCGUUCGUCUGCCGCGAGGUCAUGUUCAACUACUACUUUCCCGGCGAACCGUUCAACAUGAACCUGCACCUCAUCUUCACCAGCAGUCUGGUGUUCAGUGCGAUGGUGCUGAGUCUGUGGACGUGUGAUUUGGGCACGGUGUUUGAUUUGGUGGGCGGGACGAGCGCGGCGGCGAUGGCGUAUAUUUUGCCGCCGUUGUGUUAUAUCAAGCUGACGACGAGGUCGUGGAAAACGUAUUUGGCGUGGGCGGUGGUGGUGUUUGGGACCACGGUUAUGGUCAUGAGUAUGCUGCAGGCGAUUGCGAAGAUGAUUACAGGUGAGUGUCUGCCGGCUUUUAUCCAUGAUGUGAGGCUGUGUGCUAACCGUUUGCUUAUAGGGGAGGGAGAUACGAGACAAUGUUAUUGA